UUGUAAAAUGAGAUGUGUCGUCGUGGCUGUUUGAGCCUGAAAGUUGAGAUCUCGUCAUCAACAUGUUAUGCUUCUGAGUGAUAUUAUUGCAAGACGAAGGACCACGCGUCUUUGAUAUCUCUAUCUCCCUGCAUGUAUUCGUCACAACAUAACGAAACCCUCCCAUAUAUAUCUACGCAACAACACACUAUGUUUGAAUGCAUGAAACACCAGCUACAGGUAGAUCUCGAUCGGGAAAGAAAAAAAGAGUUGUAAUAUCAUGGAGAUGAACAGAAGGAGAUCAAGAGGGUUCAUGAUAGCUAAGCUAAUGCCCUUUUGCAAAGCUGUGAAAUCUCCAACUCCUUCCCAAGACCUUUAUAAUAAUGUUCAUUACACUUCUUCCACUACGACUUCCUACGCUCGUCAACCUGAUUUCAACAACUACGUAACUGCCACUACGCCUCUCCCUCCUAAAGUUAGCUUCCUCCUUCAACCAUCCUUGGCUCCUGAGGGUAAGGAUAUGGAAAAGAAGCUGAACAUGAUGGCAGAGAAGCUGAUCGGCAGAGGUAUUAACGGAGUGGACGACUGCGUUGACGCUAGAGCCGCUUCUUAUAUCUCUUCGGUUCGAGAGAGGUUUAAGGCGGACCAAUAUUGUGAGAAACUGACGACUGUUAUUAGCUUAGAUGAUGAAAAUUGACUUUUAGGAUUUAAGUGGAGUUACGUACGUUGACCUAGUUAUAUUAUACGUAAGUCAUAAGUUCUGUUCUACGUUGCUUCAAGAUAAGAUAUUAGUGGGAAUUAAAGCUUUUAUUUGGGGUCUGUAAUAAGUAGGCGAGAUAAGUUACUCUUACUCUUUGAAAUCUCAAAACCAAAAUAAAAAGUGGGAACUUAAUUAUGACAAUAUACAUGGUUCAUAAAAAUGAUUAUUCUUGAUAAAUGAACCAACCAUAAAAGAAGGAACUAACAGUAUUCCACAAGAAAAUCAGAAAUCAAGAAAUGAAGAAAAGGAGCCAUGACGUGAAGGGGAAGGUAGGGUUAAUUAGGCGGCGUAGAUGUGGAUGUGAAGGGCGAUGAGGGAGAUGGUGAUGAAGGCGAAGAAGAGGAGAGUGUGGAUGACAAUGGAGGGGCCGCUUGUCUGAAACCCACCGAACUCAACCGCUUUGCUCUUUCCGGGCAGCUGAAACAAAACUCCAGGGCUCAACACGAUGAAGAAAAUUACCGACAUUAGCACCGGUCCCCAGUCCAACCCCAUCUUUGUUUUCUGUUUCUUCUCUAGCUAUAAUAUACGUCUCUCUAUAAACAUCUACCACUUUAUUAUGUGCUUAUAUUUAUAAUGUACGCGUAAAUGUGAGAAUGAACUUGAUGUCAAUACGAUUAAUUAAUAAUAUAUAUGUGGCUUGGGCUGGACAAAAGUGGAGGGUUC